CAACUUUAUUUUUUAAAUAAAUAAAAAUGACAAGUUGUAUGCAAAUCCCUUUCAUUUGAACCAUUAAUCAUUACAGGCAAUACUAUAGCUACAAUGUAAAUUGCACCUCUUCUGUGUUAAUUGGUUCUUUAUCCUGAUUGUCUAUGGCAUCAGAUGAGUGCCAAAUUGAGAUGGAGCACGCAAGCAAGAAUAUAAAUCACAGCCCGAGCAGAUUUGUAUCAAAGAAAAACAGUCGCGCAAGCGCAUAAACUACUUUGAUCGUGCAUAGACAGGGUUGGGCUGGAAAUUAAACUUGAGAGCUUGAAACAUUGAUAUUGAACAAGUUGAACAUCAUUGUCGAAUGCUAUAAAUUAAUCCGAGUGCAUGCAGAGAUUUCUGCACUCUCAAAAAUACACCCUGCCCAUGUAUGAAAGUCUCUUCUCACAAACACAAUUUUCAUUUUGCUCUCAUUGUCCAUCUCACGGAGUGAACGUUUGACAGUCCUAUGUCGUGGGGCUCUGCUCCUAGUGGUUUACCCAAGGUGCCAGGGUUCUGGUCAAGAAGUUCUGAUAUUGAUUGAACGAUCCGCACAUGGAUCGAAGAGCUUACUCUUUCACAUUCAGAAAAUCUUAAGGUGAUAUUCUAUUUAAUAAUGUAUUCCAUUUCCUUAGGUAUAAUGGUUUAAUUGGGUAGGGAUGUGAACUAGGCUUUUGACCGUCGCAGUCUCUGGUCCACACUCCAGUUCAAUUUGUGGCAGUAAUGCAUCACUAAAGUUGGUUGCCAACCAUUUAAGAACCACUGAAGAAGAACUGUCAACGGAAGUGAAAAGUAACCAAGAACAAUAUACACGGCAGCGUUUUUAUUGUUGUUAUAUAUACUUUUAUUAUCACCUUGAAACUCAAAAUAUUACUUAUGUAACUGCACAGCCACACAUACUUACCCCAGGCAGUGUUAAAUUCGCGUUGGAGACAGGCCUUGGUUGAUAGAUGUUAUUAAGAUAACGCUAGCUAGUUGCUAACAAUGGCUAACUGUAGGCCUAUGGUUUUUCACACUCAAAUAGCCUCCAUUAUGGAGGUGCUAGCGAAUGCAGCCGUGGCAGAUAUCUGUAAACUCGUAGACGAUGACUAUGCAGUGUUUCGUUUGGAAAUAACUCAAAGCCAGAAUGAAAGCAGGGCAUUGCGGAGGAAACUACAGCUACUUGAAAUGAAGGUGGCACGGGAGCGCGCAGAGAGAACGACGCGAGAACGCGUCCUCGCCAGUCGUCCCAGUAGUGUCAAGAUCCUCGACCGAUACAAAGGAAUGACAAGAGGUGAAGGACAUCUCACUGGAGGGCACAGGAGCUUUGUGAAGCCUACUGGACACAAUGCGUGGAGAGAUGACCAACCAAUCACUGUUGAUGAGGGGAGUGUAACCUCAACCCAGCACUUUAUUGUGAUAGAGUCUGCAGAUGAAAAUGCAGCAGGUCCUGGGGUCAAGCUGGAGAGGACUGAACGAGAGAAGGACCAACGGCACCAGACUGGAGCACCGGCUGGAGUGGCGCCCUCUGUAGCCACCGAGGAUCUCGCCGCUGCGACCCAGGCCAGGACCCGACGCAGGAUCACGGAGGAGGAGGGUCCAGAGGUACUGCUGGUGAAGGAGGAGGGGUGUGAGGAGGGUCUGGGGAACCCUGAGGGGACUAUGGUCAUGGAGGACAACGAGACUUCACCUCCUCCUGAACCCACAGAGGAAACAGCUGAGCAGCACAGGUCUACACACAGUCUCACUGAGUCAGUAGACAUGGAGGAUGGGAAGCCUGAUCUGCUGCUGGUCAAAGAGGAGAUGAUAGAAGAUGGACCAGAGAGCAUUGAUCUGCUGAGUGAACUAAAGAUGGGGGAGCAAGAACUGCCUCAAUUCAUCAGGGUAUGGACUCGACAACGUGUCAAUCGUUCCACAGGGAUGCUGUCCCAUGUUGACUCCAAUGCAUCCCACAGUUGUGUCAAGUUGGCUGGAUGUCCUUUGGGUGAUUGGCUAGAGGAUAACAGAGGAGACUGGGUGGCCAUCUUGGAUACCCAGACUGCUGCAGCCAAGGGCCCAGGGGACAACAUCACUGAGCAGGCCAGGAUCAGAGGCGAGAUAGUGGAGUCUGCAGUCCAUGAGGACCUGCUGAUAACUGGUGUUCCUGGCGGGAGAGACCGGACCCUUGAGGCGGCUGGUCACAAACCCUGGCCCCGGAUCAGAACCCUGGAUCAGGAGCCGUUGCUCUUCCUUCCCGAGUCUGAACCAGGACCCAACCACGGGGGACAGAGACUCCACCACCACACAAAACACAACCAGUGGACAGGUGGACUGAACAACCUCAGCCCUGGUGGUCAUCAGAGAGACAGAGGCUCCAGUCAGGGAUCCAGUCCGCAGCCCAGACCCUUCUCUUCACAGUCUCAGUGCAGGGAUGGAGCAGGGCCUGGGGCUGAUAGAGAUAGACCCUCCUGUUCCUAUGAUAUGAACAGAACAGGUCAGCCUGGGCUUCAGCCUUCACAGAGAGUGGUGGGAGAUCCCCCUGGGCCUGGGUCUAGCCUUCCACAGCUGCUUAAUUGUUACCCCACAAAUACAGACAGGGUCAGUAUGGGCAGUCACCACAACAGGUACCUAGCCUAUAACACAGCACACAAUCCCGAAAACACCCAAACAAUGGCUCCAUGUCAUGGAGGGCUCUCUGGUGUCAUUGGGUCAAAACGUGGGAGCCCAAGCAUUGGGACUGACGCCGACAAGCCAUACGCCUGCCCUACGUGUGGGAAGCGAUUCGCUAAGGCGAAAUAUGUGAAGCAGCACCAGACCGUUCACACCAAGGACAGCUUCAAGUGCAAACUAUGUUACAAGAGCUUCUCCUUCCUAAGUAGCCUUAUCAGACAUAGGAAUGUCCACAAUAGGGAGAAAUCGUAGCUUGAGAUGUACACGAGGGAUGUCUGGGAACUCGAUCAAAAUAAAAAAACAAGUCCCUCAGUUGAGCAUCUGGAUAUGAUCACAUUCUCACAUGAUACAGACAUCUUGUUUGGUGUGCUGGCAUAGCCAAAACACUGUCAUGUUAUUGAAGAGUAACACUAUUUCCCCUCUGAAUGCUUUUUCUUAUGUUCUAUUCAUAAAACACUUUUACAACACCUUUAUAACAAGUCAGGUGAGAUGACCCUGAGGUCAUGCUUUCAUUGGGGAAGAGGUCCAAAAACAACCCCUUAUUGUGUCCCUUUCCCCUAUUGCCCUCCCAUGGCACUGGGUAGUAGGUAGGAGUUCUCCUUAAUCAGAUAUCUUUCAUCCUCCCCUCUAUCAUAUCUGUUAUAUGGCUGUAGCAAACAUUGCCACUCAAUAAUUUUCUUACUCAGACACUGUUGGCUAUAUUAUACUGAUGUACGUCAACUGUUUCUGUUAAGCUUGUGAACUCUGGGGUUUUUCUUAUCAUCUAUGGUAUGGGAUCUUUACAAACAGUCCUUGGCCUCAAGCUGUUUGCAGUAAAUGGCCUGAAGGCUCCAGGUCUUGUGAUGACGGGUGAAAUAAUAAACAUGAACGAAUGUAACCCUGUACUUGAUAUUACAACCUGGAGUGUAUAUCCUUUUAACCCUUUGUUAAAUUGUCAUUUGAAACAGGCUUGUGUAAAUACCUGUUUUAAGAGAGAGAGUAAACCUAGGCUAGAACAAGUAUAGUUUAAUAUUUACCUUACUGAUGUGAUGUUGAUGGAAUAAAGUAAUUCCUUGA